CGCCGCGAAGCCCCCGGGGGACAGCGGCGGGUCCCCGGAGGCUGCAUGGGGCUCCUGCGCGGCCCGCUCUUCUGGCGGCUGCUCCUGCUCGCGGCUGCCUGCUCUGGGAUCCUCUUCGCCCUGUACUCCUCGGCGGUGCAGCGGUACCUGGAGCCCCGGUCCGGAGCCAGGGAUACCACGUCAUCUCAAGCAUUCUUUGGACCCAAAGCAUCAAAGUCCAGGACCAGAAAGAGCCAGCUCUGCCGACACCCACUUCACCUGGCCGUUCAGCAGCACCGCCGCUUCCAGAAGCUGUUUGAUCUCUCCACUCCAGUGCUCCUAUGGGGGGGCCUCUUCACCCCAGAGCUCUGGGACAGCCUGAGCCAGCACAAAGCCCCCUACGGCUGGCAGGGGCUCUCUCGCCAAGUCAUCACCUCCACCCUGAGCCUUCUGAAUGGCUCAGAAAGUGCAGAGCUGUUUGCCACAUCCAGGGAGCCACCUCCAGGCUGCAUCCGGUGUGCCGUGGUGGGUAACGGUGGCAUUCUCAAUGGGUCCCGCCAGGGUGCGAACAUCGACGCCCAUGACUAUGUGUUCAGGCUCAAUGGCGCUGUGAUCAAAGGCUUCGAGCACGAUGUGGGCACCAAGACUUCUUUCUAUGGUUUCACUGUGAACACGAUGAAGAACUCCCUCAUCUCUUACUGGAGCCUCGGCUUCACCUCUGUGCCGCAAGGACAGGACCUGCGCUACAUCUUCAUCCCCUCAGACAUACGUGACUACGUGAUGCUGAGAUCAGCCAUCCUGGGUGUGCCCGUCCCCGAGGGCCGUGAUAAAGGGGACAGGCCUCACACCUAUUUCGGACCGGAAGCCUCUGCCAGUAAAUUCAAGCUGCUACAUCCGGACUUCAUCAGCUACCUGACAGAGAGGUUUUUAAAAUCAAAGUUGAUUAACACAAAUUUUGGAGACCUGUAUAUGCCUAGUACUGGGGCCCUCAUGCUGCUGACAGCUUUGCAUACCUGUGACCAGGUCAGUGCCUAUGGAUUCAUCACAAGCAACUACCGGAAAUUUUCUGACCACUAUUUCGAACGAAAAAAGAAGCCACUGAUAUUCUAUGCAAACCAUGACCUGCUCCUGGAAGCCGCCCUGUGGAGGGACCUGCAUAAGGCAGGCAUCCUUCAACUGUACCAGCGCUGACCCCAAAGCACCAAGCCCUCUGCUUCUGGAAGAGCUGUGGCCCUGGUCUUCUCAAGUGGCCAAACACCUUUAACUUUUCGGCCCCCCCUUGUUCCCAACACAGGGCACUCAAGUAGAUUUGUGACUAUCACCAAGGCCUGUCCAAUGCAAGACACCCUAUCCUGCUCUUGGCUCACCAAGAAAACUCUCCAGGUCUGAGACAGACAUCCCAACCUUGGCCAAGGGAAAAGGGACUGCUUUGCUGGGUUUGUACCAGGCGAUUUUAGGAACGUCAGCAGAGCAACUCGGGGCCUGUUGGUUGACCACGAUGAAGCAGCAGUACAGGCAAACACACAAGCCCCAGCCCACUACUGUGUCACACCCCACACAAAGGCCAAAGCGAUUCAACUCCAGGACACCUCCUAAGAGCCUUUCUGAGAACAUGAUAGACUUCUGCCCCGUGGUAGAGGGAGAAAAGGCAGAAUGUAAUGAGACUAGAUAACUGCAUAAAUGAUGGAUGACCACUUUGUCUUUCUGUCCUGGGUACAGUAGAGAAAUCAUAUGUAAUGCAAGUUUUCAGGAUGGAGAUCACUCUCCAAAUCCAAGAACACUGGUACUUGAUAGAGGACAAUUGCUCAGUAGCCUUCCUGCCACUGAGGGAAGUCCUAUUAGAGAUAUAUCACCAUCUUGUCACCAACAGGAUAACAUUACCAGGUAAUAAACCCUCAUUCUCACAUCAUGGCUUCAGUAAAAGCCAUUAUUUACUGUCUCGGUAACUAGUGGCUUUGGAUAGUUUGAGAUGCCACACCAUGCGGGGCGGGUGGGCGGAGUGAGUGGGGCGGUCUCCACAGGGAGAGCUGGCAAGAGACUUCCCAAGGCGGCAUCAGGCCAUGUUGGUAAGUUCACCAGAGCCCAGAAGCUAGCUUCUGGAAAGCUGAUUCUAUCAGAACACUUAACAAGAGGGAUGGGGAUUAACUCAGUCACCAGAAACAAAAUACUACUUUAGAAAUUCAGAGACAUCUGAUCAACAGAAUGGACAUUUGGGCUUUAAUUACUAAAGCAGCUACAUGGGGAAACCAUAGCAUCCUGCUGCCUGGAAAGGAGGAAUUAGAGAUAUUUCAGAGUUACUGGCACCAGGACAAAGCCUUCCAGCUCACUUUAUCUUGGCAACACCAAACAGUCCCUCAGUCUCCAGGAAAGUGGUAUGUUCCUUUCGAUGGAGAAGAGUAGGUUUGAAAAAAACAUAGUCAAAUGUGGGACAUGCGAGACAUUCCUCUGACAUUCACAAUCCAUCCUAUUAUCACACUGUGGUGAUCUAGUAAAGAAACCCCACUGCCUUGGUAAGCCAGUACUGGAAAUUUUCUGACCCCUAUUUCAAAUGAAGAAAUAAACCACUGAUGUUCUGUGUGAA